AUGUCAUCUUUAACAUCUAACGCAUCGAUGGAGAGCUCUGCUCGAGAUCUAGUGACCGCAUCUCAGCUUUCGCACGCAUCGAGGGUUCCUCUUACAAACGGCAAUGCUGCCGAGUCAUACUACCACCAGGCCUAUCCAUUAUCUACGCCAGGCGUUGAUUUCAUCCUCGCCUCUUCCGAUAUCGUUUCCUGUCGGUUUGCGAUAUCCUCUACCAAGUUGGCUUUCCAGCCUGAAGUUUUCUCCCGCAUCGACCGGGCCAAGAUUCAAGUUUAUGCGGGCCUUCCUCUCAUCAUGAUGGACGGAUCCAAGGAAGUCAUAGAGAUCAUAUUGGCAUGCCUUGACCCAAGUCUUGUCCCUGACCUUUCUCAUUAUAAAUUUGAUGACCUUGUCAGCGCAUUGGAGGCCGUGGCAAGCCGAAGCGCACUUGAGCACGUAGAACGACUUUGUCUUCUGGCAUUAGGUGCCUUCUACAAGCUUAAGCCAAUCCAUGUCUUUGCACUGGCUGAGAUAUACGGAUGUGCUUGGAUGGCUAAGCUGGCGUCCGAAUUCACGUUGGCAUUGGACAUUGAUCUGCCGCAGCACAAGCGCCUCCUGUCGAUCGAAGCUUAUGAUGCGUUGGAUGAACUCCACUCUUAUAGGAGGAAGCAAGCUCGUCAGAUAUUGAACCGACUUCGAUUACCUUUGAUCUCACAUCGGUCACAAUGUAAUCCUGAUCAACUUGCUGAGAUUUGGAAAUCUUCUCUGGGUAGGAUCAAAAGAGCAGCGUGGAAUUCUCCAGCUGAUUUGGAUAUGAGAGAACUAUUUUCAAAGGAAUUGAAUAAAGCAUCGGAUCUCUUACAAUGCACGGAAUGUUUACAUUCGAUUUAUUGUUUGGUUGAUCAAGCUGAUCAAGAGUUCAAGAUGAUUAGGUGUUGGGCGCUUCCUACUUCCAAUGUUUCUACUUUAGAAUUUCCUUAUCCUUUCGGCUAUCGUCAAAAGUAUGAACUAGUGAUCUACACUUAUAAUCAUCAAGUGGCUGGUAGUCAUAAUGGCACGCUCUUUAGCGCUAAUCCUCGAUGA